ACUGAGCUCCAGUGAACUUUAUUCUGCUGCUGCGUCUGAAGGGGUUCCUGCUGCAGUUCUUUAAUUAAGUGUAAUUAGUUCACCUCUAAUCAUGUCUGAAGGUUCUAAAGGUUCUCUUCUGGUUCUGGAGAACUUCAUCGGAGGGAAGUUCGUCUCCUGUCAGAAGCACAUCGAGUCCUUCGAUCCGUCCACUGGAGAAGUUUACUGUCUGAUCCCAGACAGCGGACCACAGGAGGUGGACGUUGCCGUGGCAGCAGCUAAAGACGCCUUCCCUGAUUGGUCGAGUCGCAGCCCUGAAGCCAGAGCUCAGAUCCUGAACAAGCUGGCCGACCUGCUGGAGAAAAACCUGGAGGAGCUGGCCAAGGCCGAGUCCAGAGACCAGGGUAAACCCGUCUCCUUGGCUCGUUCUCUGGACAUCCCUCGCUCGGCGUAUAACUUCCGUUUCUUCUCGUCUUCCAUGCUCCACCACCUGAACGACUGCAGCCCAAUGAACCACCUGAGCUCCCUGAGCUACACCCAGCGCUGCCCGGUGGGCGUCGCCGGCCUGAUCAGCCCCUGGAACUUCCCCCUCCACCUACUCACCUGGAAGAUCGCACCUGCCAUCGCCGCCGGCAACACGGUGGUGGCCAAACCCAGCGAGAUGACGUCAGUGACGGCCUGGAUGAUGUGCAAGCUGAUGCAGGAGGCCGGUGUUCCUCCAGGUGUGGUCAACAUCGUGUUCGGUUCCGGUCCCAGAGCUGGUGAAGCCCUGGUCGGUCAUCCCGACGUCCCAUUGAUCUCCUUCACCGGCUCCACAGUAACGGCCCAGCGAAUCACGGAGCGCAGCGCCCCCUACUGUAAGAAGCUCAGCCUGGAGCUGGGAGGGAAAAACCCGGCGGUCAUCUUCGCUGACGCAGACCUGGAGCGAUGCAUCGAGACCACGGUCCGGUCCAGCUUCUCCAACCAGGGAGAAAUCUGUUUGUGCACCAGCAGGAUCUACGUAGAACGAAGUCUUUACCCCGAGUUCCUGCAGAGGUUUGUGGCUGCAGCUAAGAAAUGGAAAACCGGCGUUCCAUCCGACCCGAGCAGCAACAACGGAGCUCUGAUCAGCAAAGAACACCUGGAGAAGGUCCGUGGUUUCGUGUCUCUGGCUAAGUCUGAAGGCGCUGUGAUCCACUGUGGUGAAGGCGUCGACCGGCUGGAUCUACCGGAACCCAACCGCUCCGGGUACUUCAUGCCGACCACCGUGAUCUCCGGGGUUUCCGACACAUCCAGGGUCAUGCAGGAGGAGAUCUUCGGUCCGGUCACCUGCAUCAGUCCCUUCGACUCCGAGGAAGAAGCCGUCUCCAGAGCUAACGGCGUCCGCUACGGCCUCUCCGCCACCGUCUGGUCCAGAGACGUGGAGAAGGUCCACCGAGUGGCCCAGAAGAUCCAGGCCGGUGUGGUCUGGACCAACUGCUGGCUGAUCGGAGACCCGAACCUGCCCUUUGGAGGCAUGAAGAACUCCGGAGUGGGACGGGAAGGAGGGAAGGAUUCAUAUCACUUCUUCACUGAGGUCAAGACCAUCACCAUCAAACACUGAAGGAACAUCUGGAGAACAAAAAAACGCAGCAAAGAAAAAUGAUUUAACUUUAAUCUCAAUCAGUGUCUGAGCUGCUCCUGAAACACCUGAAGACCUGCAAACUAGAAGAAGAAGAAGAUCCAGAGGGGGGGAUGGAGGCGUUUGUUGUGGACAGAAUGUGUUGAUCAUCUGAGACUGUUGGAGCAGAAACAUGAACCACAGUUCACAUGUUUGAAAGUUCUCAGGAUGUUUCUGUAGAACGCUGUGCAGAAGAAAACCAAUAAACAUGAAUAAAAAGAUAAAACCCCUCACCAAAA